CUCUCUACUCGCCGCAGGGCGGGGUUUCGUGCUGUCCAAGUGGAUCCGCUAUGGACAUGGCUGCUCACUGCACCGAGACGAUGCUGACCGCCCUGGGGCUGCUCAGUGUCUGUGCGGCCAGCAGCUCCCGGUCCGGGAUUUCGGGAAAGGCGGGUGGGGAGGCAGAAUGGGCGGAGCCCUGGGACGGCGCAGUUUUCCGUCCGCCAGCUGCGCUAGGCGCAGUGGGGGUGGCGCGCGGGCCGGAGUCCCCGCCGCCGGGGACCAAGGAGACUGCCGACCUACCGGUGCUGCUGUGGUGGAGCCCAGGCCUCUUUCCACACUUCCCGGGCGACUCGGAGCGCAUCCAAUGUGCUCACGGCGCGUGCGUGGCGUCCCGGGACCGACGGUCGCGCGCCGACCCGCGGACGCGCGCACUGCUUUUCUACGGCACCGACUUCCGCGCAGCCGACGCACCUCUUCCGCGCCUGAGGCACCAGAGCUGGGCGCUGCUGCACGAGGAGUCGCCGCUCAACAACUUCCUGCUGAGCCACGGCCCUGGGAUCCGCCUCUUCAACCUCACGGCCACCUUCAGCCGCCACUCGGACUACCCACUGCCGCUGCAAUGGCUGCCCGGGGUUCCCUAUUUGCUCCGGCCUGCGCCUCCGCUCCGGGAACGCACCGAGUGGCGUCGUCGCGGGUACGCGCCGCUGCUCUACUUGCAGUCCCACUGCGAUGUGCCCUCGGACCGGGACCGCUACGUACGCGAGCUCAUGCGCUACAUCCCGGUGGAUUCCUAUGGCAAGUGCCUUCAGAACCGCGAGCUGCCCACCGUGCGGUUACAGGACACAGCCACUGCCACCACCGAGGAUCCAGAACUCUUGGACUUCUUGUCCCGCUAUAAGUUCCAUUUGGCCCUGGAAAAUGCCAUUUGCAAUGACUACAUGACAGAGAAACUGUGGCGCCCCAUGCAUCUGGGUGCAGUGCCUGUGUAUCGUGGCUCACCCUCUGUGAGGGAUUGGAUGCCCAAUAACCACUCCAUCAUCCUAAUUGAUGACUUUGAGUCCCCUCAAAAGCUGGCAGAGUUUAUUGACUUUCUGGACAAGAAUGAUGAAGAGUACUUGAAAUACUUGGCAUACAAGCAACCAGGGGGUAUCACCAACCAGUUUCUCCUGGAUAGCCUGGAGCACAGGAAGUGGGGAGUGAAUGAUCCUUUGUUGCCUAACUACCUCAAUGGCUUUGAGUGUUUUGUCUGUGACCAUGAACUGGCUCGGCUAGAAAAAGAGAAAGCCCGCGCAGCCUCUCCUGGGGAGGUUCCUGUCCCUGAGCCUCACAUUGCUGAGCCCUCACACAUGAACUGCCCAGUGCCUACCCCUGGCUUUGGCAAAGUUGAAGAGAUUCCUGAGAAUGACAGCUGGAAGGAAAUGUGGCUACAAGAUUAUUGGCAAGGUCUCUAUCAGGGGGAAGCUCUCACUGCUAUGAUCCACAACAAUGAAACACAGCAGAGGAAAUUUUGGGAUUAUGUACAUCAGAUCUUCAUGAAAAGGAAUAAAAAUCUCUAACUGCCCUUGCAAGAGCCUUUAGCGUGGAAGACGUCUGGAGACUUUUACUGUGGCACCAAAGGCCUAUCCACUGUAACCUUUAGUGAAUAUCGUCUACCUUGAUGUCUUCACUGAUUCUCCUGCCCUGUACUGGGGAUGGAACUUGAGGUUUUGAGAAUGCUAGGCAGGUACCCUAGCCCUCUCCACUGUGCCUGAAUGGUAUGGAGCUAGUAUCUCAGUCUAUGGUAGUAGAGCAGCUGAAGCACCCAUUUGACUCCAGUAUGCUUCUCACCUCUAGGGAUUUCAUCAUUUCAGAUAUGGACAGGAUGGGUCAGGCUGGGAUCUAAAACGCCCGUCAUUUAGUACCUUUCUCAAGAGUGUCUUUUCCUCAUCUUGCUUUUCUUAUCAGCUGUUUCACUGGUGGAGAGGCAAAACUGGGGUUGUGGUCUAAGCUAGCCGCCAGUUCCUGGACCUCGGCCUCUAAGAAGCUGGGCUGUAGGUGUGCAACACUAUGCCCAGCUCUUCAUGUUACUUUAAGAUACUUGCACAGUCUUUAAAAUCAAACAUCAUAAUUUUAAGUGGCCCUUUCUUUCUGACUUUAGACUAUUUCCACAAACCCAGGGAAGAUCUACAACCAUCUCCAUCAUUCUUACUGCUUGGAUUUCUUGUUCGGGGUAUAUUUGGAAGUCCUUCUCUCAUGAACAGAUUAAGUAGCUAACCUGUUGUAGGGCUGGAAAGAUCUAUUCAAUUCAUUACUCACAUUUUUUCAGACAGUUUUAUGUUGCUGAGUUUCUGGGUUUUUUGUGGUUCUAGGAAAGCAAGCAGUCUGCUGACUGAGUAGCUGCAACCCUAGUAUUGAGAUUUUUUUUUUCCUUUUAUGAAACCGGCCCAAUUCAAAGAGACUGAAGAAGGCAAGGGAGGGGGCUGGAGAGAUGGCUCAGAGGGUAAGAGCAUUGACUGUUCUUCCAAAGGCCCUG